AUGAAGCUCCUGAUUCUCGCUGUGUUUGCCCUGUUUUACGUGGCCCACUGUGAGGAAGGCGCCAGGCUCCUGGCCUCCAAAUCUCUAUUAAACAGAUAUGCCGUGGAGGGCAAGGACUUGACUUUGCAGUACAACAUCUACAACGUUGGCUCCAGUGCUGCUUUAGAUGUGGAGCUGUCGGAUGAUUCUUUCCCCCCGGAAGAUUUCGGCAUUGUCUCUGGGAUGCUCAACGUCAAGUGGGACAGGAUCGCUCCAGCGAGUAACGUGUCCCACACUGUGGUUCUGCGGCCUCUCAAAGCUGGUUACUUCAACUUCACCUCCGCUACCAUCACAUACCUGGCACAGGAGGGUGGACAGGUUGUGGUUGGUUUCACUAGCGCUCCUGGGCAGGGAGGAAUCUUGGCUCAGCGUGAGUUCGACAGGAGGUUCUCCCCUCACUUUCUGGACUGGGCAGCUUUUGGUGUGAUGACCCUGCCCUCCAUCGGGAUCCCACUGCUGCUGUGGUACUCGAGCAAGAGAAAGUACGACACCCCCAAGACCAAAAAGAACUGAGCGAAGGCAAAUGCCACCAGCACCCCAGAGCUCAGGAAAGAACAAACAUUGGCCCACCCAGAACAGCAGGUGUGUUGGGGCCAGCAACAGUCACCCCUGCAAAGCGCUGCCUGGGCUCUGCGUCAGCCCUCUCGGC